AUGUCUGAUCCGCAGGGUCACAACGAAAUGGCCGCCGAGGAACUGGAAAGUGAGAGUGAAGGAACCGUUCUUGAAGUGACGUUCCACUACGCGGAUUGUUUCGACUUGGACGACGCUGGAUACGGAGGCGUGAUCCUCCGUAGAAACCGCGAAGGAGACAUCAUCUCUAACUCAGCGACGCCCUUCGUCGUGCCCAAUGCUGAAACAAUUGAGAGAGCUGUUGCCGCGGCCGCUGAUGCUACCGAAGACGAAAGCCGCCGUCCUCGCAUCGCGCCCGAAAGACCUCCACGUACACCUAUGCCCAUCCAAACAUGGGACCAGCUGGCGAGAUUGUCCAGUAACAUCGAAAGAGAACGCGAGGCCGCCGAGAUUGCUUCGUCUCGCGAGCUGGACAACGAACCUGACCAAGCAACCUGGCCGUGCGGUUGGAGCAGAUUUCAUGAUUAUUUCCUCUGGACAUGCCGUGGAACCGUUACUGUAAUUACCGAUCAUCUUCAGGCUGUUUUUCGCUUCAACCCCGCCAUCAACGAAACCUUUGUUGCUGAAAGACUUUGCGGAGUAAACGCCUACAAGCAACUGACAUUCCUCCAGAAAUACCUCCCUGGCGAGAUUCAUUCAUUGCAGCGGGCCGAAGCUCGUGGCGUGGUUUAUGAGGCUGAUAUAUCGCACCCUGAUGUCCGCAUGGGAACCCAGGACCUUUAUAUCGAACAGCCAGAUGCUGGAGAUCCUAAAUACAUUAAACCCGUGCUUCCUUGCUGGGCUCCUCCCGGUUGGGACCGCGCCGAUGACGCAUUCGCUGCUUUGUACUUGGGCGAGCACCCGCUAGUGUUCCUGCGCGAAUACGGCUGGGCUUGUGCCGAAAUGCCAACAUUGGAAUUUGUCAGCAUUCGUAUGGCUCAGCUUCCGCAUCUGAAUCUGAACUGGCUGGAACUUCAGGCAGCGAAAUCGCGCCGUGAGUUCCUUGUCACCACGUACCCAUUCGACGCGGGAUCCUAUUGGUGA